AUGCUCGCAAAUCUAUGCAAGCGUGUGGAGCCGUUUCGGGCGGGGCGGCCCGCCCCGGAGCUCCGGUGCCGCCCCCGGUAUAAGGCGGCGGCAGCGCCGCCGUCCCGGGGCGCGGAGCUGCGGCAGCCCGGGGACAGGCAGGUCGUGCGGCAGCGGCGGCAUCAUGGUGAGUGCCGGCCCCCGCUGCUCCUUCCCCCUGGUCCCACGAGUGCUCCCGGGAGCGGGGGAACCCCGUCGGGACCGUCCUCGGAGCAGGCUGCGGUCCCCGUGGCUUCCCGGGAGGGCUCUGCCGGGAGCCCAGAGGGCACCCAGGCACCAGAGCAGUGUGGCUUGCCCAAGCUGACAAGGGCCCAGGCUGCCCUGUCUGGGCUGGGCAGCACCUGCAGUGAUUGCAUUUCUGGUCUCUGCCGGGAUGUGACCCUGCCUCCCCUUCCCCAGCGCGAGUGCAUCUCCGUCCACGUCGGCCAGGCCGGCGUCCAGAUGGGCAACACCUGCUGGGAGCUGUACUGCCUGGAGCACGGCAUCCAGCCCGAUGGGCAGAUGCCCAGUGACAAAACCAUUGGCGGAGGGGAUGACUCCUUCACCACCUUCUUCUGUGAGACCGGGGCUGGGAAGCACGUCCCGCGGGCCAUCUUUGUGGACCUGGAGCCAACUGUGAUUGAUGAGGUUCGGGGAGGAGUGUACCGCCAGCUCUUCCACCCUGAACAAAUGAUCACUGGCAAGGAGGAUGCUGCCAACAACUAUGCCCGUGGGCACUACACUAUUGGCAAAGAGAUCAUUGACCAAGUGCUGGACAGGAUCCGGAAGCUGCUGGCCUCUGCUGCCCUUCCCCUCUAG